GCCUUACGUCAGACGUACUUUUCAGGGCCGGCAUGAGCCUCGGCGUCGCAGGUCACGGUUGUGGAGAUGCUCUUUCCGCCACUUGGCGAUUGGCCGACGUUUCCCCUGAGCUUGCUCUCGUUGGAAAUUAACGUGGUGGAGAAUCUGGAUCUGAAGGACCCCCAGGAUUGCCGAAGGGGUUCGUUCCUGCCAGAUCGAAGAGUACAGUACACUUUUCGUCUGAUCGAGAUGGAGGUUUGUCAUUGAGUCGGCGGACGGGCCGUUCGGCGUACAGUUUAGUCAAGACACAAGAAUUUGGGGGAAAGGUUCGUCGGUCGUUGAGCUUUCCCAUGGCUGUGGUGCUGCCUCCUCCCGUGAAAGCUGGGGACGCUGUGAGCAUCGUGGCUCCGGCUUCCGAUGUUGAUUUUGAAAUACUAGAACGAGCUGUGACUAUUCUUCGUUCCUGGGGACUCGAGCCAAUCGUGCACCCCCAAGUGUAUGAGCGAUUUGGUUACACUGCAGGAUCCGACGAGGAGCGAGCGCAGGGCAUUGUUGAUGCUUUUGAUGAUGCACGCACAACAGCUGUCAUAUGUGCCAACGGAGGCUAUGGUUGUACAAGAUUGACUGCGUUCCUCUCUGCGAAGAAGUUAGGGCCGCAUAAUGCUCCCCGUAAAAGAUUUUUUGGUUUCUCCGACAUCACUGCCAUUCAUAGCGCGAUGCGAAUUGCGGUACCGGGAUACGUAAGCUUUCAUGCUCCAAUGCCUGCCAGCCUGGCUUUUCAAUCUAGUACUGAUGAGAGCAAAGACGCACUUCGACGUGCCCUGUUUUCUUCGUCUUUGAAAGAUGCUUGUCCUCCACUGAAGGGCCGAUGUCUGCAGAUUGGCAGAGCAAAGUUCUCUGGCGGGAUUGUCAGUGGGCGGUUGAUUGGCGGAAACUUGACACUGAUGAGUUCUAUUGUCGGUACCGUUUGGGGGGAAGAGCUGGAGGACUGUAUCUUGCUGCUUGAAGAUGUGGAUGAACCUCUUUACAAGUUAGAUCGCAUGCUCACACAACUAUUCAACUCCAAGGGAGGAUUGAGCUCUGUGGACCGAUUAGCAGCUCUUGUUCUCGGUGAUUUCGGGGAUGCUUUUAAGUCCGCCACUACCAAAGAGCUUGUCGGCGAGGAUAUGGAGGAAGUCGAUGUAAAGUCCUGGUUUUGGCUGGAGCAGUUGGGUUUACUGGGCGAUUUGCCCAUCUUAAUAGACAUUCCUGUCGGCCAUAUCGACAACAACAGAGUUCUCGCGCUUGGAGCAUUUGCAGAAAUUGACUUGAUAGCUGGAGAGAUCCGACCCCUGCUAUAAAUGUCAGAGAGCUCAGCCGACCUCUCUUCUUCAAACUCUGAUUUCAAGAGCUUCCACGUACGAAAUCAUUGUCAAAAAAAACUCUUGUGGAAGAAUGUAAUUCAUCUGUGAAAUACAAAUCAG